GCUCUGGACUUCUCCCUUCUUGGGUGGAUGUAUGGAGCGAUGACAGGGUUCUGAGAAAUACGGUCGGAACUUGAUCAGGUUAACGCCUGCGAAAGGACUUCAUGCUUUGCGCCCCGUCUUGGAGGCUGCUACUGACUAGCAUAGGGCUUGCUGCGUGCGGUUAUACAUCGAGUAAGACUUGAGCACACGAUAUCUCUUGAGCAGACGUAUUUUGAUUACCACUGUUCAAAGAACAUUCUUCAAAGAAAACAUGUCAACUUUUCAUGAUAACGAGAAGGGCGCGCACGUUCCUGCUUCGCCAUUGCAUGAUGCUGCCUCGCCAACUAGCUCGAUCUCUCUCGACAAAGAUAUAGCUAUUGGUCUGGUCGGCGAGCAUUCCCGGGAGAUUGAUCCGAUUGUGGAAGCCAGGGUGCUCAGAAAGAUUGACGUGUGGCUGAUUCCUGCAAUGGUUGUGGGCUACGGAUUGGUGUAUUACGACAAGGCCAUCCUUGGAUCUGCUGUACUGUUCGGUAUGACCAAAGAUCUGUCCUUGACUGUUGUCAAUACGCAGACCACACCGCCUACGACCAACACCCAGCGUCUCAGCUGGGCAACGUCCAUGUUCUACUUUGGUAUGCUGGCAGGCUUGUAUCCCAUGACUUUUGCGCUGCAGAGGUUCAAUAUUGGCAGGAUCCUCGGUGGCGUGGUCAUUUUCUGGGCGGGUAUUUGCAUGCUCACUGCAGCUGUAACGACACACCAGGGUUUGUAUGCCCAGCGAUUCUUCCUGGGCUUCGUGGAGAGCAUCAUCCCCACAGGCUUCAUGUGCAUUGUCAGUGGAUACUAUACACAGGAAGAACAAGCAUUGAGACAGUCAUGGUGGUUCGCUUCCACCGGGUUGUUCACCAUUAUUGGUGGCGCGCUCAACUAUGGAUUUGCCCAAAUCACUGGCGGCGCCCUGCGUGCGUGGCAAUACAUCUACCUUCUUGCGGGUUGUCUUACCUUUCUCUUUGGCAUCUGGUGCUUCUUCAUUCCAAAUUCACCUGCCACCGCAUGGUUUCUCACGCCUGCAGAGCGGAUUGUCGCAGUGGAGCGUCUUCGGAAAGGCCAGACCGGUGUGCGAUGCCAGAAGAUCAAGAUGUCCCAGCUUCGCGAAGCCUUCUUCGACCUGAAACUUUGGCUUGUCUUCAUUCUUAUGGCAUCUGCAUACACUGUCAAUGGCGCAGUUUCCGGCUUCGGUCCCCUGAUCGUCAGUACUUUCGGCUGGUCAACUCUUCAGUCCAUCCUCUGGCAGUUCCCUCUAGGCGCGCUCUGCCUCGUCGUGAUCCUGCUCUGUGGCUACCUCUCCAGCAAAAUCCCGAACAUCCGCCUCAUUCUCCUUAUCGUCAACUGCCUCCCCGUCAUUGCAGGCUGCGCCAUGAUCUGGAAGAGCAAAUGGACAUACCAUGCCGCUACGCCUGUUGCAGGGUAUUCCAUCAUCGGCACGUUCGGCGCCGUGGUCAGUCAGACCAUAGUCAUUGGCAUGUCGAAUGUCGCGGGCGCCACAAAAAAGAGCGCCAUGGCUGCAGCGAUCUUCGUAGCAUAUUGCGUCGGCAACAUCGUGGGGCCGCAGCUCAUCAAGAGCCAGACCAAGGCGCAGCAUUACCCAGAACUAUGGUCUGGGCUGAUCAUCUGUUACUGUAUUACAAUUGUUGCGGCUGUGGCGCUGUAUGUGCUGCUCAGGAGGGAGAAUCAGAAAAGGGAGGGAUUGUCUGUGGAUGAGGAAGAGAGGGACAAGCUUGCGUUUAUGGAUCUGACGGAUAAGGAGAACAGGUACUUCAAGUAUGUGUUGUAGGGCUUACUAGGUUGUAGAGGACUAUGGGGCGAUGUUGUGGGAGAUGAAAAGGACUGUCAGUGAGUGGACGGGUUCUACGAUGUCGGAGGGCUUGAACAAGACGUAGUAGAGUAUCAGCAUGGUGUGGUGUGGUGUCAUGACGAAUUA